GUGGUUUCAUUUCGAGAAACAAAUAAAACAAUAGAUAAAAAAACAAUUUACGGCAGUUUUAUAGUUGUAUUGGAAUCGAUUUUGGAAUAAUUUAAAAGAAAAGUUCGAGUUCAAGUUAGAAAGAAAUCCGCCACCAUGCCGAAAGUCGAUCCAGAAAUCCAAAAAUUAUACGAUGAAAUCAAUGGAAUGAUUGAAAAAUUCAGGGAAGAUCAAAAAGCCAAAGCCGACUGUACAUUGCAAGAAAAAUGUGGGGACAUGGGCGACAUUCCCAAAAUACGACUAGCUCCCAAGAAGGUAUUAAAAGGACAUAUCAACAAAGUCAAUUCGGUGCAUUUUGCUGGAGAUUCGAGACACUGUGUGACAGGAUCAUUGGAUGGCAAGCUAAUUAUAUGGGAUACAUGGACGGCAAAUAAAGUGCAGAUUAUUCCCCUGAGAUCGGCUUGGGUAAUGACAGUGGCCUUUUCGCCAUCGGGUAACUUUGUGGCCUGUGGUGGCAUGGACAAUCAGUGUACAGUAUACGAUGUCAAUAAUCGCGAUGCGUCGGGUGUGGCCAAAUUAACCAGAGAGUUGUUGGGUUAUGAAGGUUUUCUCAGCUCUUGUCGUUUUCUGGAUGAUACCCAUUUAAUUACAGGAUCGGGUGAUAUGAAAAUCUGUCAUUGGGACUUGGAAAAAGGCGUUAAGACCAUGGAUUUCAAUGGCCAUGCAGGAGAUAUUGCCGGUCUGUCAUUGUCGCCUGAUAUGAACACCUAUAUUACCGGAUCUGUGGAUAAAACUGCAAAACUCUGGGAUGUACGAGAGGAUGUACACAAACAAAUGUUUUUCGGCCACGAAAUGGAUGUUAACUCAGUUUGUUAUCAUCCAAAUGGCAUGGCUUUUGCCUCAGCCUCGGAAGAUCAAACGGCUCGUAUGUAUGAUAUACGUUCGGAUCAACAAAUUGCCCUAUAUGAACCGCCACAAAAGAACACGGGUUUUACAUCAUGUGCUUUAUCAACAAGCGGUCGUUAUCUAUUGUGCUCGGGUAUUGAGGGCAAUAUUCAUUCCUUUGAUACCAUGAAAGUGUGCCACAAUGGAAUGAUGGCCGGUCAUGAGAAUCGUAUAACUUGCAUAAGUCUGUCACCAAAUGGCAUGUGUCUGGCAUCUACAAGCUGGGAUCAACAGGUCCGCUUGUGGUUAUAAAUUAACAUGCAACUAAACAAAAUCAAUAUAGAAUUUUAUUUUUGAACAUGAAUAGAAUUUUGAAAAACAUUUAAAUUAAAAAAAAAAAUAAUAUGUAUAUUGUGGAAAAUAUA